AUGGGGCAGGUUCUGGAACUGUUCUUCAUUUUGGUAGGGCUGUUGGUAUGUCUAGUCUACCUGAUGAAAUGUGUGAGAUUCUCCAAAUGUAUUUUUUUGCACUUCUGGGGAGUUCUGCCAAGGUAUUUCUUGAAGUCAAUGGGACAGUGGGCAGUGAUCACUGGAGCAGGAGAUGGGAUUGGAAAAGCAUAUUCAUUUGAGUUAGCAAGACAAGGACUCAACGUUGUGCUUAUCAGCCGAACGCUGAGCAAACUACAGGCUAUUGCUGCAGAGAUAGAGUGGACAACAGGGAGAAGUGUGAAGGUUAUACAAGCUGAUUUUACCAAAGAUGACAUCUAUGAGCAUAUUAAGGAAAAACUUGAAGGUUUAGAAAUUGGAAUUUUAGUCAACAAUGUUGGAAUGCUUCCAAAUCUCCUCCCAAGCCUUUUCCUUACUACAGCAGAUGACAUUGAGAAACUCAUCCAUUGUAAUAUCACCUCAGUAGUGAAGAUGACACAGCUAAUUCUGAAAAGCAUGGAAUCAAGGCAGAAAGGGCUCAUCUUGAACAUUUCUUCUGGGGCAGCCCUCUUUCCCUGGCCUCUGUAUUCCCUGUAUUCUGCCUCCAAGGCUUUUGUGCAUACAUUUUCCAAAGCUCUGCAGAUGGAAUAUAAAGCAAAAGGAAUCAUCAUCCAGGUGCUGACCCCGUAUGCUGUUUCCACCCCCAUGACAAAGCACCUAGGUGCCAACAUGAUAACCAAGACUGCUGACGAGUUUGUUAAAGAAUCACUGAAUUAUGUCAGAUUUGGAGAUGAAGCCUGUGGUUGCCUGGCCCAUGAAAUCUUGGCAAACUUCCUCAACCUGAUCCCAUCAUGUGUGGGCCCCUGCAGAAUAGUGCAGAAGAUCUUCCUAACACGCUUCACAGGCUAUAUCAAGCAGAACAUCAACAUCAGCAGGGUGAAGCCAGCGGGCGCACCGUCCCCUCAGCUUUCUUCUCCAGUUUUGUCUCUUGCAAAAGACCAAUAG